AUGUUUGAUAUUGUCAUCUGGGUAACUGUCUCAAAGGAGUGGAGCUUAAAAGAGUUGCAAGGUGCAAUCAUGCAGCAACUAAAAUUGAAUAUGGAGAGCACUGUUGGCAUUGAGGAAUAUGCUUGGAGAAUUUCUGAAGAGUUGAAGGGAAAGAAGUGUUUGAUUCUUAUGGAUGAAGUCUGUGACUUUAUUGAUCUACAUAAAGUAAUGGGUAUCCAAGACCACCAAGAAAGCAAGGUAGUGUUGGCGAGUAGGCUUCGUGAUAUCUGCAAGGACAUGGAUGCUGAUGAGCUAAUCAAUGUGAAACCAUUGUCAGAUUAUGAAGCUUUCAACAUGUUCAAGCAAAAAGUGGGCCAGUUCAUUCAUUGCCCAGGGAUUAAACCAGUAGCUGAGUUGGUGGUUAGAGUGUGGGGGAUUGUCGCUGCUGAUCGACAGAAUAGCAAGGACCUUUAG